UUUUUCUUUUGAUGGGAAGCGGUGUUUUGAGAACACAGCGUGGGCACCGCGCAUGCUCGUUGCUGCCGUCUGUCGUUGUUUCCUGGCCUCUCCCGUAGACUGAGGUGAUGAACACAUGUGCUCCGUAGGUCGCACUGAUACUCAUAUUCCAGGCCGCGGGGUUUCAUUAACCCCUCUGUCUGUUCACAUGUGUGGUUCCCUUUUCCCCUGUGGCAAAUCCUGGCCUUUCAGGACACCAGGUGUGACAGGAUACCCAGUGGGCAUCCACCUGCUUUAGUCCAUCAGGGACCAGCCCUGCCCUAGGCUUGACCACGAUUAUAAGUUUCCCAUGCACGUGCCUCCUCCCCACCCCCACGUGUCUGUGUGUCCGAGUGCCCAGCCUCUGCCUGCGCUGCCUCCUGCAGCCCCGCCCACUCUCCCCCAUUCCUGCCAUCUCCAGGUCCGCGUUCUCCCUGUUGUUUUUGAAGCUCAUUCCCCAGCACUUUCUGAAGGAAGAGCCCUUUUUCAGGAACAGUAGUCCCUGAAUUUGUGCCUGUGGAUGACAGUGUGCUGCCUUCCACCUCAAAGUCAGUUUGGCUGGAAAUACAAUCCUUGGCCACAUUUUCUGUCCUUAAGUAUUUUCCUUCAGCAUAGGGUGUUACUGAUGCUCUCAUUUUCCGUGCACUGUGUAGGAAUUGUUCUGUUUGCUCGGACAAUUCCUAUAAUAACAGGAUGUUGUCCUUACUGAAAUGACUAGCCAUGAAAACAUAGCCUGUCCAGUCCGACCCAGGAAAAGCAUCCGUGUCUGCACCAAAACGGUUCAACCUCUCUAAAUUCAUCAAAGGUGAUGGACGCCUGUGUCAGCGCUCCCGGGUGGAAAGGGUGAUAUCAGGACGUUGUGCACAUGGGGGCAUGCCUGUCCUGGGCAGAUGGGACACUGGGUUUUGGUGAGCAUGCACCCCUGGCAGCCUCGCCACACGGUGACAGGCACGUCGCUCAGAGUCUCAGGUCCACCUGACAUGAUCACACACUUUUCACUCUGUGUGAUUAGUAUCUUUUUGGAAAAAAACAGCCCUGCAACUCAGUUACUGAUAAACAGAGCAUUUCUCGUCAGACAGAAUAAGGAAAAAUGGGAAAACCCCACCCAGUCCACAGUACAUUCCUGAGAAAUGAGCGUCUGUGGGUUCCCGGCCGCCCACCUCUCCCUGUGCGCUGGGGCAUCUGAGAUGAAAGCGUUGCCGGUGCUCCUGUUCCUCACGUGGGUGAAACAGGAGUGAGCAAGAAGUGCAGGUCUCCUUCAAAGAGAAACCACCCGGGGCGCGCUGCCCACCGGCAGCUGCAGGGGCUUCCGUCAGGGUGGCUGGCUGGAUUUCCCUGCGGACUCUGACAAGCGUCAUGCCAGUGACUUUGCCCUGUGGAAGGCGGCCAAACCCCAGGAGGUGUUCUGGGCCUCUCCCUGGGGACCCGGGAGGCCGGGCUGGCACAUCGAGUGCUCUGCCAUCGCUAGUAUGGUAUUUGGAAGUCAACUGGAUAUCCAUUCAGGUGGGAUAGAUUUAGCUUUUCCACAUCAUGAAAACGAAAUUGCACAGUGUGAAGUCUUUCAUCAGUGCGAGCAGUGGGGAAAUUAUUUUCUGCAUUCUGGGCAUUUGCAUGUGAAAGGCAAAGAAGAAAAAAUGUCCAAAUCGUUAAAAAACUACAUUACUAUUAAGGACUUUCUGAAGACCUUUUCCCCUGACGUCUUCCGGUUCUUCUGCCUGCGGAGCAGCUACCGCUCAGCCAUCGACUACAGCGACAGCGCCAUGCUCCAAGCCCAGCAGCAGCUCCUGGGGCUGGGCUCUUUCCUGGAGGACGCACGUGCCUACAUGAAGGGGCAGAUGGCCUGCGGCUCUGUCAGAGAAGUGAUGCUGUGGGAGAGGCUCACCAGCACCAAGAGGGCCGUGAAGGAGGCCCUGGCAGAUGACUUUGACACACCCAGGGUAGUUAAUGCCAUCCUGGGCCUUGCGCGCCACGGGAACGGACAGCUCAGGGCGGCCUCGAAGGAACCUGGAGUGCCGAGAAGUCCUGCUGUGUUUGGUGCCAUCAUCUCUUACUUUGAACAGUUUUUUGAAACUGUUGGAAUUUCUCUGGGCAAUCAACAGUGUGUUUCAGGAGACGGCAGCGAGGCCACCUUGCGUAGUGUGGUGGAGGAGCUGGUGCGGUUCCGGCAGAAGGUCCGGCAGUUUGCGCUGGCCAUGCCCGAGGCCACGGGGGAGGCCCGACGGCAGCAGCUCCUAGAGAGGCAGCCCCUGCUGGAGGCAUGCGACACCCUGCGCCAGGACCUGACUGCCCAUGGCAUCAACAUCAAGGACAGAAACAGUACAACGUCCACGUGGGAACUGCUGGAUCAAAGGACAAAAGACCAAAAAGCAGCGGGCUGAGGAUGGAGCGCAGCCAUGAACCUGCUCAGACAAGAUGCGCCUGUGCUUUAUGUUAAAGGCUUUAUGUUAAAGCUUCCUGUCGGGGCUGCUAGGUCAGCAUUAAAGUAAGGCAACCAACAGUG